GAGGAGGAGAAGGAGGAGGGGAAGGAAUAAUAAUAUUAGGGGGAAAAAACAAGAGAAAGAGGGAAUUUAAAUUGCAUCGAUUGAUCAAUUAGUCGGGCAAAAGUCAUUUGAUUUUAUAUUCUAUCAUCGAGAGAAAUUAAUUUUUAUUUUAAUGCGAAAAUGAAAAUUUGAAAGUGGUCGAAAAUUCGCACGAAUUGGCCGAGAUAAAGAGAAGGUGUCGCAGUUUGUAGGAAGGGAGGAGAAAAAAAAUGGCUUGUUUGAUUGCAUUCAUCACAUAAAAAUCGGCCAUUAUAUCUGUUGGGAGAUAGACUCUCAGCUUCUGAGAUCUCGUCCACCUUUUAUACUUAAAUAGACCGUUCCUUCUUGCCUUCUUCAUCGAUCGAGCGAGUGCCUGGCGAGCAGAGGCCAGCUGACGGACCGGAAAGGGUUCUGAGCAUGCGUAAACAAUAAUAACGGGCGAUUGAUGACGUCAACAGCUGGUCCUUUCUGAUUGUGACAGUUCCAUCGUUCCCUUCUGACAUAUUUUUCCGGUAGAUGUAUUUACCCAAUAAAGUAAGCUUGACAAAUUUAUUCAUAAAGGUAAAGAUCGGUUUUAAAAUAAAGAAAAGAAGAGAUGGAAACGUCAGGAGGAAGGAAAGCUCUGACGAGAGAUUAGUUAACGUGAAUAUUGUGGCUCGAUGCUAUCUACAGGUGUAGCUCAUAACUGACAAUGCAACCAGGUGGAGUAAAUCGAUGUGACGUCAUCAUAGGAGGCUUCCGGGUCACGAGACCAGCGCUGCGACGACGCGUUGAGAUGACGUCACGAACGGCAGUCAGCACGCAGAGCGAGUGAGAGCAGUGCAGCCAACAUUGUGGUCGAGGAAGCGGUAGAAAAGAGAUGAAGCCGUGUUAAGGAGACACAAGUAGGGUUUCGGUGAACCAAUUUAGGGCUUCCCGGCUGGAAGGGUUUGCAGUCGACGGUAUGCCUCGAUCGUUCCUAGUUAAGAAGCCCAAAUAUCCUCUGGACUAUGUUACAAGGUGGUCAUAUCAAGAACCGUCGAGCCCAACCGAAGCGAGUACGGCACCCAGUCCACCUCCUUACUACAAUAACUCUACAGGUUACGUUUCUGACGUCAUUUCCGGUGUCUCUUGUAUCAACGAAGAGAGGAAAGAUGACUCCAAUUCGAAUCACGAGGGAGCCAGUUCGGAUAAUAGUCGGGAGAUGACAUGUCACAUCAGCGAUGGACGAACAAGAAGAAGAAAAGUACGAGAAAACGUGGAAGAUAGACCUCGAUACACAUGUAGCGAAUGCGGCAAACAGUACGCUACAUCGUCCAAUCUGUCACGUCACAAACAGACACAUCGCAGCCCCGAUUCUCAACUGGCCAAGAAAUGUCCUACGUGCGGUAAAGUGUACGUCAGUAUGCCCGCCCUGUCCAUGCACGUGCUGACCCACAACCUCAAUCACAAGUGUAGCGUGUGUGGUAAGGCAUUCUCCAGGCCCUGGUUGCUUCAGGGCCACAUGAGAUCGCACACGGGCGAGAAACCUUACGGCUGUGCACACUGUGGUAAAGCAUUCGCAGAUAGGUCUAAUUUGAGGGCCCACAUGCAGACGCACUCGGCCUUUAAGCAUUACAGAUGCCAACGAUGUGACAAAACUUUCGCACUCAAGUCGUACUUGAACAAACAUUACGAGUCCUCCUGUUUUAAAGAGACUCCAAAUAUUAUCGAUAGGCAAUAAAUUUCAUAUAUAUAUAUACGUAAUCAAUUCGACCAAGCAAUAGUGUAUCCAAAGCAAUAAUUUUUACACCAACUUCCGAUCGGA